UCAGCCAGCGUCGCUGCAGUCCCCGGCGCCACAGCCGCCGCAGCAUCCCAGGUGUCCGCGUGUCCUCGCUGCCCUCGGUCUCCUUUUGCUCCUCUUCGCCUGGCGAGAUGGCGAAGCCGCUGACGGACAGCGAGAAGCGGAAGCAGAUCAGUGUGCGCGGGAUCGCGGGGCUGGGCGACGUGGCCGAGGUGCGGAAGAGCUUCAACCGGCACCUGCACUUCACGCUGGUCAAGGACCGCAACGUGGCCACGCCCCGCGACUACUUCUUCGCGCUGGCGCACACCGUGCGCGACCACCUGGUCGGCCGCUGGAUCCGCACGCAGCAGCACUACUACGAGCGCGACCCCAAGCGCAUCUAUUAUCUUUCCCUGGAAUUCUACAUGGGCCGCACGCUGCAGAACACAAUGGUGAACCUGGGCCUUCAGAAUGCUUGUGACGAAGCCAUCUAUCAGUUGGGGUUGGACUUGGAAGAACUCGAGGAAAUAGAAGAGGAUGCCGGCCUUGGGAACGGAGGCUUGGGGAGGCUGGCAGCCUGCUUCCUUGACUCGAUGGCCACCUUGGGCCUGGCAGCAUACGGCUAUGGAAUCCGCUAUGAGUUUGGCAUUUUUAACCAGAAGAUUGUCAAUGGCUGGCAGGUGGAGGAGGCCGAUGACUGGCUGCGCUACGGCAACCCCUGGGAGAAAGCCCGGCCUGAGUACAUGCUUCCUGUGCACUUCUAUGGGAGAGUGGAGCACACCCCCGAGGGCGUGAGGUGGCUGGACACACAGGUGGUGCUGGCCAUGCCCUACGACACCCCAGUGCCGGGCUACAAGAAUAACACCGUUAACACCAUGAGGCUGUGGUCCGCCAAGGCGCCCAAUGACUUCAAGCUCCACGACUUUAACGUGGGUGGCUACAUCGAGGCGGUCCUGGACAGGAACCUGGCCGAGAACAUCUCUAGAGUCCUGUAUCCGAAUGACAAUUUCUUUGAGGGGAAGGAGCUCCGCCUGAAGCAGGAGUACUUUGUGGUGGCUGCCACCCUCCAGGACAUCAUUCGCCGCUUCAAGUCCUCCAAGUUCGGCUGCCGGGAUCCAGUGAGAACUUGUUUCGAGACGUUCCCAGACAAGGUUGCCAUCCAGCUGAACGACACCCACCCGGCCCUUGCCAUCCCCGAGCUCAUGCGCAUCCUGGUGGACGUGGAGAAAGUGGACUGGGACAAGGCCUGGGAAAUCACGAAGAAGACCUGCGCGUACACCAACCACACUGUCUGGGGUGCGGCAGCCCCGGGAUUUUCUUGGACGGAGCAGAACUUCCGUCGGGGAGCCCCUGGAAUCCCCUGCCCUCCUGCUCAUGGUUCUCUGACUUGGAAACAGCACGUGGCCGCCCUGUUCCCUGGCGAUGUGGACCGCCUGCGGAGGAUGUCUGUCAUCGAGGAGGGGGACUGCAAGCGGAUUAACAUGGCCCACCUGUGCGUGAUCGGCACCCACGCUGUCAACGGCGUGGCAAGGAUCCACUCGGAGAUCGUGAAGCAGUCAGUCUUUAAGGAUUUUUACGAGCUAGAGCCAGAGAAGUUCCAGAACAAGACGAACGGCAUCACGCCGCGGCGGUGGCUGCUCCUGUGCAACCCGGGCCUGGCUGACACCAUCGUGGAGAAAAUUGGGGAGGGUUUCCUGACCGACCUGAGCCAGCUAAAGAAGCUGCUGCCGUUGGCCAGUGACGAGGCACUCAUCAGGGAUGUGGCCAAGGUCAAGCAGGAAAACAAGCUCAAGUUCUCUGCCUUCCUGGAGAAGGAGUACAAGGUGAAGAUCAACCCCUCCUCCAUGUUCGAUGUGCAUGUGAAGAGGAUCCACGAGUACAAGCGGCAGCUGCUGAACUGCCUGCACGUGGUCACCCUGUACAACCGAAUAAAGAAGGACCCGGCCAGGCCCUUUGUGCCCAGGACUGUCAUGAUUGGGGGCAAGGCAGCCCCUGGUUACCACAUGGCUAAGAUGAUCAUCAAGCUGGUCACGUCCAUCGGCGAUGUCGUCAACCAUGAUCCAGUUGUGGGCGACAGGCUCAAAGUGAUCUUCCUGGAGAACUACCGUGUGUCCUUGGCCGAGAAAGUGAUCCCCGCCGCAGACCUGUCGCAGCAGAUCUCCACGGCGGGCACUGAGGCCUCAGGCACGGGCAACAUGAAGUUCAUGCUCAACGGGGCCCUCACCAUCGGCACCAUGGACGGGGCCAACGUGGAGAUGGCUGAGGAAGCCGGGGCCGAGAACCUCUUCAUCUUUGGCCUGCGGGUGGAGGACGUUGAGGCUCUGGACCAGAAAGGGUACCAUGCCAGAGAGUACUACGACCGCCUGCCCGAGCUGAGGCAGGCUGUGGACCAGAUCAGCAGCGGCUUCUUCUCCCCCAAAGAGCCAGACUGCUUUAAGGAUGUUGUCAACAUGCUGUUGAACCACGACAGGUUCAAAGUGUUUGCGGAUUAUGAAGCAUACGUGGCCUGCCAGGGCCAGGUGGACCAGCUCUACCGGAACCCCAAGGAGUGGACCAAGAAGGUCAUCAAGAACAUUGCCUGCUCGGGCAAGUUCUCCAGCGACCGGACCAUCACGGAGUACGCACGGGACAUCUGGGGCGUGGAGCCCUCUGACCUGCAGAUCCCGCCCCCCAAUCUCCCCAAGGACUAGGCACCCCAGCACCCCUGGGACCAGUGGGCUUUUCUUUUCUUGUUGACUAAGCACCUCAUGCCAGUUUCCAAGCACUUUGCCAGCAGCCAGUGGUCCCUGCUUUUUUCAUUGCUGUGUUUCCAGGAGGGCCUUGGGGAUCGUGGUGGUGGCCUGGGGGGUUGGGGCAAGGAAGGAGAGGUGCUGAGAGUGAGGCGCUCCCGUGUUUCCUGCCAGAAAGCAAAGUUCGCAGCAUCAUCAGGGCUGGGCUCCUCUGAGACCUUGCAUGCACCUUGCUGUGAGCUUGUUUUUGGUUUUGAACCUCUGGAUUCUGGGGUCUGGCCAGGUGGCCAUAGUGAAGCCUGGGGAAGUGUUUCUGCAGCACCUGGUCUGGCUGGCCGGUGUGGCCCCAAGUCCUCCCUGGCCCAGUUCUGCUUGGCUGUGCCGAGAGGGUCCACUGCUCCGGCCGUUUUCACAGCUGCCGUGUGGGGUGCUCUGGCAGAGUUUCCCGAUUGAUCAGAGAAGGGGCCUCAGGACAACUGAGGGUGACAUUGGGGAGGGCACCUGUCCAGCAUCUAGGAGGCCUCAGGACAGGCUGACUGAUGCAAAGUUAGCUUGGUUUUGCUUUUUCAAAAGAAAAGUUAACUUCACAAGGAAAUGAAACUAGCUGAAACUUUUUCUUUUUUAGCAGCAAAAAUUGUACUUUUGACAUUUCACACCGCGGGAGGCGAUACUGCGAAGUUUUUGCCUGGCCCUGGGGGCUCUUUGUGGGAGGCUGAUGCCCAGCCCUGGCCUCAGAUCCCUGUGUCCCAUCUCCCCCCAACCCCCCUGCUGCAGUGCCCCACGUCGUGCACUUCCUGUCUUCCAAGGCUGGCCUCCCUUCUUCAUUUUCCACCAGUGCGACAACCUGGUCUGGAAAAGGACUGGGUGGGUCCAGAGGGGAGCCCACUUUCCACUCUGCCUGGAUGGCAGGCUAGUGCUGGAGGGCCACCCAGAGAGCUGGGAGCGGGCAGGAGCGCCCUUCCAGAGGCUCUGACCGCUUGAUGCUGGACCUGGGCAGCACGGGGCUCUGGCCUCGUCCCGGGUCCCGGCUGCUCACAGAACCAGGCAGUGGAGGAUCUGCUCACAGGCCCACUUCACGAGUACUGCUGGGGACUGCGGGGAGGGAUGUGUUAGGGGGCUAUGGUGGCCCCCCAACACCCUCCGCUGCCCCCUGAGGCUGUGACUGUCACUGCACCACCUGCUGUUACUGCCUCGUGAGAGCAGCCCAUUAAACGUCCUGCCCCUGG